AUGAACUCGGAGACAAGCUGGACAAAUGAAUCCAAGGAUGCUGCAGACUUCUUUGAUUAUCAGCAUGUCCAGGUUCCCUUCGAGAUUACGUUGUGGAUCUUGUUGGCUUCCUUGGCCAAAAUAGGUUUCCAUCUGUUUGACAAACUACCAUCAGUUGUCCCUGAAAGCUGCCUAUUGAUCGUUGUUGGCCUCAUCAUGGGAGGCAUUAUCUUUGGCUUGAAUGACAAGUCACCUCCAGUUAUGGACAGUGAUGUCUUCUUCUUCUACCUCCUGCCCCCCAUUGUCCUGGAUGCAGGCUAUUUCAUGCCAAGUCGGCCAUUUUUUGAGAACAUUGGAACCAUCCUCUUGUAUGCUGUGGUGGGAACAAUCUGGAACGUCUUUGGCAUCGGAUUUUCCCUCUAUGUGAUAUGUCAAGCCAAUGCCUUCCAGCUGGGGGACAUCUCCUUGCUUCAUAAUCUCUUAUUCAGUAGCUUGAUCGCGGCUGUUGACCCAGUUGCGGUUCUCUCAGUCUUUGAGGAGAUCCAUGUCAAUGAAAAGCUUCACAUUUUGGUAUUCGGGGAGUCUCUCCUCAACGAUGCUGUGAGUGUUGUGCUUUACAGGCUGUUCCGGUCCUUUUGUGAAAUGCCAACGAUCAGAACUGCCGAUGUGUUUGUUGGCAUUGGGAAGUUUUUUGUGGUGGGCGUUGGGGGGCUCCUGGUGGGCCUUCUCUACGCUGUGACUGCGGCCUUCACCACUCGCUUUACCAAAAAUAUCUUGGUGAUUGAACCUCUUUUCGUCUUCCUCUACAGCUACUUAUCCUAUCUCACUGCAGAAAUGUUCCAUCUCUCCGGCAUUGUGGCAAUCAUUUCUUGUGCCUUGGGCAUGAAGCGCUACGUGGAAGCCAACAUCUCUCUCAAGUCCCACACCACCAUUAAAUACUUCAUGAAGAUGUGGAGCAGUGUGAGCGACACCCUCAUCUUCAUCUUCCUUGGCGUCUCCACCGUUGGGGACAAUCACGAGUGGAACUGGCCCUACAUUUGUUUCACCCUAAUUUUCUGUCUCCUUUGGAGAGCACUGGGUGUUCUGGUCCUGACCUUCAUCAUCAACAGGUUACACAUCAACGCUGUUACACACAAGGACCAGUUCAUUAUUGCAUAUGGCGGCCUUAGAGGGGCCAUCUGUUUCUCCUUGGUGGUUUUGCUCCCUGACUUCCAGAGGAAGAAGCUCUUCACUGCGGCAACCACAGUUGUCAUUCUCUUUACUGUCUUUGUACAGGGGAUGACCAUCCGUCCCCUCGUUGGCUGGUUACACGUCACUCGAAAACAAGAAAGUGGCCCCACGGUGGGAGAACAAAUUCAUAUCCGGUUCCUGGAUCAUUUGUUGGCUGGUAUUGAAGAUAUAUCAGGACACUGGGGACAGUAUUAUUGGAAAGACAAAUUAGAGUAUUUCAACAGCAAACACUUGCAGAAAUAUUUACUCCGGGAAUAUAUGCAGCCCAAGUCAAGCAUUGUUCUUCUGCAUGAGAAACUGGAGAGGAAGCGUGCCAUUGAGUUAGCUGAAGCAGGUCGGCUGUCGUGGAGACCUUCCCGUAAAGCAUUGCUGUGAGACAAUCCUGUCACCGUAGCUGAUGACACAGACAGUCUCAGCCAAGAUGAGGUGAAUGACAUCCAGAAGAUACUGGAGAAGAACUUGUACAAAACAAGGAAGAUGGUGUCGGCCUAUAAUCGCUACACGCUUCCUCGGGAGCCAGAACCAGUGGAACAAGUCAAAGAGAUUGUGAUCCUGAGGCAUCAAAGUUUGCAAAUCUGUCUGGAGAGAAGUGGCUCGGACUACCUCAGGAAGGAGGUACAUGGCUGUGAGGAGGUGGGGGUAGAUUCAGAUUACGGUCAGAUGACUCAGCAUUUGCUCUGGGCUAAAUGUCCCAACCUUCUUGACUUGCACUUUUCAUACAAUGUCAGAAUUUGCUUUACAGCUUGUUUCAACUGA